CUUUCUGGGCUUGUAAUAAUUAUAUUUCCUAGUUUCAGAUUGAAAAUAGAGUUUGGAUGGAUUUGAGAAUGCAUCGGCUAGUUCUUGGAUUAGCUGUGAUAACAGCAAUCAAGGCGUGUGAUCCUGAAACCACAGGACAAUGGAACAGGGAGAAUAUAAGACAAAGCCUGCAGCAAUGGUGGAAGGAGAGAAUUACAUCUGGCGAAAAUAUUUUUUUGUUUGAUUUGAACAACUCGAAAUUGUUUCCGUUCUACCAGGGAUUCUGGGAGAAUCAAGAUGAACGAGUGAUUACUCUAAAGAAUGAGAAACUGUCUCAAAUAGUUUGGCAGUGGGUUGGACGAUUGCCAAGUGAUGGUUUUAUAUAUGGAGAUUUGAGUUUAUUAAAGAAUAAGUAUGGAAAUUAUACUUUUAUCUAUCCAGAUCUGAAGACGGGAUUACAGGGAUAUUUUGUGAACAAAGAGUUCCAAUAUGGUGAGGAAGUAAAGGUGAGAGGAGAAAGAUGCCGGAAUGGUGUCAAGGAACUAGAACUUGUGGUUCAACACCCGCAGAUUAUUUGGAGAAGAGAGAUUCAAACUCAAAAUAAUAUUGGAUCUCAACGACAAAGGAUGGAUCCUCAUGAGCGGAGAUCAGUUUAUAUUGGAGAUUCAACCAUUCCUGGGGCAGGGGAAGGAAUAUUUGCAAAGCGGAGGUUUCAGCCAAAUGAUUUAAUUUCUUAUUUCGGAGGAUUAAAAACUUUUAAAGAAAAUUUUCUUUUUCAAAAUAUGACAGAUAGUGAAUUAGAAGAUGCAGGAUCAUAUUUUUAUAAUUUUGGUGUCAACUGUCCUUCACAUUGGAAUAUAAAUAUUGAUCUUGUGAUUGAUACACCUCAUCCAUACAGAAAUAUUGUUCAAUACAGAACAACUCUAGGACACAAGAUCAACCAUGCUUUCCCCUUGAGUAAGAUAAAGAAGUAUCAGAAGAAGCAAAAUAUAAGCAAACUUGCUUCUAACUUCAGAGUUGAAAAUGCCAGGGAUAUCCCUUGUAUUCAUCCUUUCCUAGGGAAACUAAUAUGUUUAAUUGCAGGGAUGCUACCAAAUGGUACAAACCAUUGA